CGCGAUUUCAAAAUGGCUGCUUCCAUGCCUACCGUCGUCUGGCAGAUGACUCCUCCGAAGUAAACCUGCCGCAGAAAGAUCCGAUCCGAAGCCAUGGACGAGAACCUCAGCCGGGGCUACGUCCAGCUGGGCCAAUCGCAGCAGUCCUGGGUGGACAGGGUCGCUGCGAGACGCCGCCGCGUGUCGGCUGGCGUCGGUGGCGGUGUCCACCAGGGGGAGCCACCCGAGGACCGCUGCCACUGCAUCUACCUGGCUCUGGUGCUGGCUGGUGUCGGGUUCCUGCUGCCCUACAACAGCUUCAUCAUUGCAGUGGACUACUUUCAGGCCAAGUACCCUGGCACCACCAUCGUCUUCGACAUGAGCCUUGUCUACAUCCUGAUGGCUUUUUUUGCGGUGGUGGUCAACAACCUCCUGGUGGAGACGCUUCCCCUCCAGGUCCGCAUCACGUUCGGCUACCUCCUGUCCUUCGGCACGCUGCUGUUCGUGGCCCUCUUCGAGGUCUACUGGGACGCAUUCGAACACGACUCCGGGUACAGGGCAAACCUCGUGGCCGUCGCUGUCGUGGCUCUGGGAUGCACCGUGCAGCAGUCAAGUUUUUACGGCUACACAAGCAUGCUCCCAUCCCGUUACACGCAGGCAGUGAUGACGGGAGAAAGUGCCGCCGGCGUGUUGGUCUCGGCCAGCCGCAUCCUGACGAAGGCGCUGCUCAGCGACGAGCGCGUCAACACGCUUCUCUUCUUCUCAGUCUCGGUGUUGGUGGUCUUCUUGUGCUUCGUGGUGCAUGGGCUGGUGCUUCAGCGCACGCGCUUCGUCCGCUUCUACCUCGCCCUCUGCGCCCCGUCGUCGGCGUCCGAUCCUUCCGGGGAGGUGUUUGCAGACGACCUCUUGCACAAGCGGAUCCUGCUCGAGCCGACCGAAGACGUAGGGCUGGUGGACAUGCUGGAUCCCGUUGAAUCUAAAACGGGCAAGUACGGCGUUCUGUCCCUGCGUACUCCUCCGGCCUCCCCGUCCUCCGUGGGAGGCGGCGCGGACUCCGCCUUCGAGUCGUCCGACGUCCUGGACCGCUGCCUAGACGUCGCCGAAGACGUCGAGCCCGACGUCGACGAAGAAGGUGACCGACGUUGUCUUCUCCGUCCUAUUCCACCCACUGGCGUCAGGCAUGGCGUCAACUUCCGGGUGCAGGACGUGGUGGUGCGCAUGCGUUCGAGAGCGUAUGGCAGGCCGUCUCGAGCCUGGAGUGGCGUUAGACGUGGUGUCAUGGCGCGGGUGCAAGUGGCCCGCACGGUGUGGCCGUACAUGCUGAGCAUAGCCCUGGCGUACUUCGUCACGCUGUCCUUGUUCCCGGGCAUCGAGAGCGAGAUCGUGUCCUGCCGCCUCGGGUCCUGGAUGCCUGUCCUGCUCAUGGCGCUCUUCAACGCGGCCGACUUUUUCGGCAAGGUGCUGGCAUCCAUCCGUUACGACUGGUCUAGGUCCCAGCUGGUCUGGAUGUCCAGCUGCAGAGUGGUCCUGGUGCCCCUGAUGGCCCUUUGCGCGGUGCCCAGCAGGGAUCCGGUCCAGAACGCCAGCGUAGCGGCAGAUGUCUGGGCGAUGGUCCUUUCUGUUCUCCUCGGAAUAACCAACGGGGUGUUUGGGUCCGUGCCUAUGAUCGUGGCACCGUCCAGAGUUCCGGACGACCAGAAGGAACUUACGGGAAACAUCAUGACGCUGUCAUACAGCGUGGGCCUCACAACUGGUUCCGGUGUGGCAUACCUGAUCGAAUACCUCAUUGGUUGGACUCAUGUGGCGUCAGUCUGUACCGCUGACGUCGUGGAGGCCACGGUCACGUGGUCCAACCUGAACGAGACCCUCUCAAAUUUCUCGACAACCGCUCUGGCUUUUGUGACGUCUCUCUUGCCAAAGGACAAUGUAACCGCCUUGCCCAUGUCGCCGUGA